AUUAGAACAAGGCCGCUUUGAAUAGGCUGCAAACACAGCAGAAAACAGUAUUUGCCUUAGAUUCUCUAUGGAAUUACAGAGUAAGAGCCAGUUCCCAAAAACUGUUCUGUGUAUUUUGGGUUUCACAGAACCAAAGACUUGGUGUUCUACCAGAACACUGAGUUUUAAAUUAUCAUCCAAAAGGUGCAUCAAGCUGCUUGUUGAUAUUUUAUUUCAUUGUACCAGAGGAAAGAAAACAAAGAUUCCUAACCAGGGAACCACUCUGUGCAUGGAUAUGCUACUUAUGGAAGAACAGUCUAUAGAAGACAAGCUUGAUGACUUUUAAAGAUGUUUUAAAGAUGUUUGCAUUCUUCCAGUUAAACCCAGCACAGCCCCCAUGAACUUUACAAUUAAGAGUUGUAGAGGAGGAACCAUUACCUUGUACUGCACUUGUGAUGAUUGGCUGGACCUGCUGGCAUUUCCUGAAAAACGAGAAAUAGGGGUUUUGGUGAUAUUCUUUAAUGGGCACAGAUAGAAUUUCAUAGGCUUCAAAAUGAAAGUGAGGAAGAAGAGUCCCCAAAAGUAUUAAUUUGAAGGAUAAUUAUUGCUGGAACAUUACUACUGGAAAGUAGAUUUCUUUCAAGACUCAGAAGAGGAUACCGUAAUAACAUCUGUGAAAAUUCACUGAAAGGGCGUGUACCAGAGGACACAGGCUCUUAGAGAAAGCAAGGAGACUUUGGAUACCAACAUGAGGCCUGAUGAAUGGGUGAAGUGAGUUCAGAAUAUAAAUGAAGAAUGAUGCAGUAUUAAUGCUAUCUAUGUACAGCCCCAUAAGGAUCUUCUCUAAGGAGUUGCAGUAAGAUAAAUAUUGCGAAUAAUUUUUCUCUGGUACAAUGUGGUGAAGCAGAGGAACUGAAAUUGUCUGCUCUUGUACAGGCUAAGGACUUAAAAUGUUUGUUAUUUUGUGAGCAGAAGUAGUUCUGGAGUGAAUUGAACUUCUGAAAAUGCGGCCAUGGACUGGUUCCUGGCGUUGGAUUAUGCUUAUCCUCUUUGCUUGGGGAACUUUACUCUUUUAUAUUGGUGGACACCUGGUACGAGACAGUGAGCACCCAGAUCACUCUAGUCGUGAAUUAUCCAAGAUACUUGCUAAACUUGAACGUUUAAAGCAGCAAAAUGAAGACUUAAGGAGGAUGGCAGAAUCUCUCAGGAUACCAGAUGGUCCCAUUGAUCAAGGACCAGCUGCAGGAAAGGUACAUGCUUUAGAGGAGCAACUUUUAAAGGCCAAAGAACAGAUAGAGAACUAUAAGAAGCGGACAGGAGAUGGAGGCCUUGGAAAAGACCAUGAAAUACUGAGAAGGAGGAUUGAAAAUGGUGCUAAGGAACUUUGGUUUUUCCUCCAGAGUGAAUUGAAGAAGUUGAAAAAUCUAGAAGGAAGUGAACUGCAAAGACGCAUUGAUGAAUUUCUGUCUGAUUUGGGUCAUCAGGAAAGGUCAAUAAUGACUGACUUGUACUACCUCAGUCAAACAGAUGGAGCAGGAGAUUGGCGAGAAAAAGAGGCCAAAGAUCUAACAGAUUUGGUACAGAGGAGAAUAACUUAUCUACAGAACCCAAAGGAUUGCAGCAAAGCUAAGAAACUUGUGUGUAAUAUUAACAAAGGCUGUGGCUAUGGCUGUCAACUUCAUCAUGUAGUCUACUGCUUCAUGAUUGCUUAUGGCACUCAGAGAACGCUUAUUUUAGAGUCUCAGAAUUGGCGCUAUGCUACUGGUGGCUGGGAGACUGUAUUUAGGCCUGUAAGCGAGACAUGUACUGACAGAUCAGGCACCACCACUGGACACUGGUCAGGUGAGGCUAAUGAUAAGGAUGUUCAGGUGGUGGAACUUCCCAUUGUUGACAGCUUACACCCACGGCCACCUUAUCUACCCUUGGCUAUCCCUGAAGACCUGGCUGAUAGGCUAAUUCGUGUACAUGGGGAUCCUGCAGUGUGGUGGGUCUCACAGUUUGUGAAAUACUUGAUUCGUCCACAGCCCUGGUUAGAAAAAGAAAUAGAGGAAGCUACAAGGAAACUUGGUUUCAAACAUCCAGUGAUCGGUGUUCACGUCCGAAGGACAGACAAAGUAGGGACAGAAGCAGCAUUUCAUCCCAUUGAAGAAUAUAUGGUACAUGUUGAAGAGCGGUUUGAACUUCUUGCUCGCAGAAUGCAUGUUGAUAAAAAAAGAGUUUAUUUGGCUACAGAUGACCCUUCAUUAUUGCAAGAGGCAAAAUCCAAGUAUCCAAAUUAUGAAUUUAUCAGUGAUAACUCCAUAUCCUGGUCAGCAGGACUUCAUAACCGGUACACUGAAAACUCCCUAAGAGGUGUUAUUCUGGAUAUUCACUUUUUGUCUCAGGCAGACUUCCUGGUCUGUACAUUUUCAUCCCAGGUUUGUCGAGUUGCCUAUGAAAUUAUGCAGACAUUGCAUCCAGAUGCUUCAGCGUAUUUCCAUUCUUUGGAUGAUAUCUACUACUUUGGGGGACAGAAUGCCCACAACCAGAUUGCUAUUUAUGCUCAUCAUCCACGAACUGCUGAUGAAAUUCCUAUGGAACCUGGAGAUAUAAUUGGAGUAGCUGGAAACCACUGGGAUGGUUAUUCAAAAGGCAUCAAUAGGAAAUUAGGAAGAACAGGCCUGUACCCAUCCUAUAAAGUUAAGGAGAAAAUUGAGACAGUCAAGUAUCCUACAUACCCAGAGGCUGACAAGUAGAUUAAAAAGAAGACAUUUGGUGGUAAUUGUCAAUUUUGAUUGGUUGAAACCAGUCAACACACUAACUAAUGGCUUAUAUGGGAUUUCGAUUUGCAUUUUAACAUGCAGUUAAAAUCAAAGCCUUUAGCAAUGAAACUGGAUAAGAAGCUGAGAACAAAUGGAUGGGCUAUUAUCUGGACUUACUCUUAAACAUUUUUUGUUAUAUGCACUCUCACACAUGCACACACAAACCCACGUACAACAGGAAAACUGUUGUUUUAUACUUUUUGUCUCUUUUCAGGAUUUGUCCCAGUCAUUAGUCUUACAUGAGCUUUGGGCUCUUUUCUCUGUCUUUAAUUGACAAUAAUGUUCAGAUUUAUAACACUGCCACAUUGUGUAAUUUGAGUGAUAUGAACAUAUUUUGUAUGUGCAAAAUUUAAAACAUGGUGCCUAUAUUUGAAAAAAUUGUGACCUUUUUAGAAGAGCCAUGCCUAUUUCACAGUGGGCAAGAGUCAAUCUUCAACUGGUGUUACCGUGACCACUGAACUUGCUUCAGACAACAGAUUCAGAUUUCAGACUAGAUUUCUUUACACGUUUAUUUUUAGCAUUCCAUUGAUUACUUCUCAUCAUUAAUAAAAUAAAGGAUACAUCCAACAAUAAAAUA